CACUGCCAGCAGCAGCAGCAGACUCUACCAGUCAGUCAACGUUCAGCAGCGACUGGUGACGGAUCUAUCGCGCGCAGUAUUAUAACAAUUUACCAUUUUAUCGAUUUAUGUCUGAAAAACAAUCGAGACAACAUCUAUUCAAUACCAAUUUCUUUGUUGCUGUUUGUGGAUAGCGGGUAUUGUGUAGCUCCUAACAACUGAACCAUUGGACUUUUAGUUUUUUUUACGGGUGAAGUGGAGAAAGUGCGCAGCUUCCGAAGGCCAAAUCGCUGUGAUUCAUUGUUACGCGUGAGUGUGUGUGUGUGUGUGUGUUUGUGGGUGCGAAGGAAUCUAGAACUCGAACCGCCGCAACCAUGAUGAACGAUCCGGCCGCCCUGGGAAUGAUUCCCUUCGACACCAUAGGAUUAUACGAGCAGCCGAAGCCACGGUUCAUCUUCAAAAUGCCCCGCGUCGUACCGGACCAGAAGAACAAAUUCGAGAGCGAUGAUAUGUUUAAGAAGCUCAGCCGGGACAGUGAGGUCCGAUACACCGGCUUCCGGGAUCGUCCGAUCGAGGAGCGCCGGGGUCGCUUCCGGGCCGGCUGCUGCGAGGGCCACACCGAGAUCUCGUUCGCCGCCACCGGCAUCAACCUGCAGCUAGUGUUCAACCCCAACCACGGACUGUACCACCAUCCGCACCAUCACCACCACCAUCCGGCUCACCAUCUGGGGCUGGAGAAGGAGUGCGACUUCGACAAAGAGCACGGCAAGGUUCACAUCAAAUCUCACUUCAUCAUGAACGGUGUGUGCGUCCGGUUCCGCGGCUGGCUCGAUAUGGAACGCCUCGACGGGAUCGGUUGUCUCGAGCUGGAUGAGAAGCGGGCCGCCCAGGAGGACGCAAUACUGCGCGAGCAGCUCGACCGCUACAACCAGCGGCUGAGGGAUUUCGAGGAUAAACAGCGAACCUAUCAGCGCACCACCCAGGAUGAGUUCGAGCAGAUGCGCCGGAACGGGUCCGGCAUUGGGGUUGGCGUCGGAACCGGUGCGACCGGUAUGUGGAGGCGAUAAGUCUGCGAGCUUUGCAGAGGCUUGCAGAUGCGGAUGAUAGUGUGGAAGCGAUACGAUACGAUGGAAACAUAUUCACAGUAACGUUUUAAUACACAUAGUUUUAAACAUUUCAAAAACUGACGACAAGAUCUUCCGGUAACAACAGUAGCAGCAGCUAAACCCAUCAGCUAGUCCACAUCAUCCAUUGUAGAUAUUAUUUUAUAUCCGAGUUUCGAGAGCCACGUGCACAAAAAUCCUUCAAUUUUGUUCGGUUCGAUAUUUGUUAACACGUUUUUGCAAUAUAUUGAUAUGUUUUAAUUUCUGCCCGAACGAACGAACGAACGUUGCAGACGGGCACAUUAUUAAAAAGUUAUCUUUACGUUGGAUGUAAGGCGAAAAGUUUUAUAUAUUAUUUUAUAAAGAAGAGAGUGAGAAAGAGAGAGAUAGGAACCCGAGUAUGAAUAAGUAUAAACAGAUGAAUCUCAAAAGAGCAACCAAAAAGAAUGAUUAUUUUAAAAACAUCGCCCUAGGUGGGGCGACUGAUGAGUUAGGUUUUUAAGUAGAGAUGCCAAUAAAUUUGAUAGCAUUUUGUUACAAUGAUUUUAAGAA